AUGGCUACCCCCAGUGUCCUUACCUUUGAUACUGAGGGUCGUGCUGUUGACUUUGAGGUCUGGGUCGAUGACCUCCAGCUGUUCUUACAGUGCGAUAGGGCAGACGGACUCUCCCUGUUCGAUCUCACGUCUGGUGUCUCUCCUGCCCCGCCUGCUACUGCUGACAGCACUGUUCGCUCACAGUGGGCCACGCGCGAUGCUGCUGCACGUCUUGCUGUGCGUCGCCACUUACCGACCACUGAGCGAACGCACUUUAGCCAGUACAAGAGUGCUAAGACCUUGGAACACUUCCUCUCGGUUUGCCCCACCACACUCACCGUUGACCUCCUCGAGGAGCGCCUCCUAGCAGCAGAGAAGAGCAUAGUCGUUGUAGGAGCCUCUCGUGGUGACCCUCGCACCCCCGUCUUUGAGGGGUGUUCUCCCUCUCCCCUCUUGCCCUCUGUUGCUUCUACUGCUUCGGCCGACCUCGUUGGCUUCGAGUCGGUCGGCGCUGCGUCUGCCCCUAGCGGGAAACGCCGCACCGGCAAGGGCAAGGGGGACAAGGGCGCUUGGGGAGCUAGUGGGGGCGGUGGAGGUGGUGGUGGAGGCACUGGAGGGGGUGGGGGUGGUGGUGGGAGUGGUGGCGGGGGUGGAGGUGUCGGUGGCAGCAGUGGAGGCGGAGGAGGCGGCUGUGAGGAUCUAGGAUCGAGCUCAAAAAAGGGAAUGUGA